GACGGCACGGCACGGCACGGCACGGCACGGCACGGCACGAUACGAUACGAUACGAUACGAUACGAUGGUGGGCGAUCACUCACGCAGCCUGGGCAAGGGUAGCGCGGCCCCGGGGCCUGUGCCUGAGGGGGUGAUCCGGCUGUACAGCAUGCGGUUCUGCCCCUUCGCCCAGAGGACGCGCCUCGUCCUCCGCGCCAAGGGCAUCAGCCAUGAAAUAAUCAACAUCAAUCUGAAGAACAAACCUGACUGGUUCUUUGAGAAGAACCCCUUUGGGCUGGUUCCUGUUCUGGAGACCAGCAAGGGCCAGCUGAUCUAUGAGUCCCCAAUCACUUGUGAAUAUUUGGAUGAAGCAUUUCCAGGGAAGAAGUUGAUGCCUUCGGACCCAUAUGAGCGAGCCUUUCAGAAGAUGCUCUUGGAACACUUCUCAAAGAUAACACCCAUAGUUUUCAAGUAUCUUGUGGCAGGCAAAGAAGGAAAGGACACCACGGCACUGAAAGCAGAGAUUGCUGAAAAGUUUGGCAAACUUGAAGAGAUUCUGUCCAAACGCAACACUGUGUUUUAUGGUGGGGACUCAAUCUCCAUGCUUGACUACAUGAUCUGGCCGUGGUUUGAACGUCUGGAACCAUUACAGCUGAAGGACUCUUUGAGUCACACCCCAAAGCUCCAACGCUGGAUGGAGGCCAUGAAGGAGGACCCUGCUGUCAAGGCUACAAUGACUGACCCACAGACAUUCAAAGAUUAUCUCCAGCUCUAUUUGAAGAACAGCCCUGAGGCAUGUGAUUAUGGGCUCUGAGGUGCCAGUAGGCACAUGCUUGCUGAAGUGUCAGUGCUUCUUUUCAGUGUGAGCUGUGGGGAUCUAGUGUAAUUUGGUGGGGACUUUUCUGUGGUUGCAUUUCAUAAUGGGGAAUAAAUCUGUGCUGAAAAGGCUGAGAAACCUUCUUUGAACUCCGCUCCUUCCUGUCAGGAGGAGGAUGUGCUGGCUUCAGGCAGGAAAUGGAAGGUCAUUGCUGGCCAUGUAUAUUGCGUGAAGGAAGAUGUUGGCUUUACUCAGAGGUAAUGUUCUGUUAGCUCUGGCCUCUUUGCAGACAUUGCUGGUGGGCAGUCCCUGAACUGACCCUGUUACUUGAUUUAAAAAUUGUAAUACUGGUGUCUUGAAAAUAAAUAAAAAAGCAAACAAAGUUGUCUUUAA